GUGGUGACUGCAUUGUCUCCCUGGCCGCUGCAGUGCUCUGGGGGGUCUGCGCGAUGCUCCAGCACUGCAGCCUGGUGUUACUCCUCGCCUCUCUUUGGACCACGAGGCACCCAGUCCAUGGCACCGUCCAAGUGCAAGAAUCAUGGGCGUCGCCCUCGUGGGCAGAAAUGCAGACCCACAGAUGAACUUCACAGAAGCCAAGGAGGUCUGUAAGGUUCUGGGACUGACUCUGGCCAGCAGGAACCAGGUGGAAUCCGCGCAGAAGUCUGGCUUCGAGACUUGCAGCUAUGGAUGGGUUGGAGAACGGUUCUCAGUCAUCCCUCGGAUCUCCCCAAAUCCCAAGUGUGGGAAGAAUGGCAAAGGUGUCCUGAUUUGGAACGCUUCCCCCAGCCAAAAGUUCAGAGUCUAUUGCCACAACUCAUCUGACACCUGGGCCAACUCCUGCUUUCCAGAAAUCACUACCACAUUCAACACUCAAACCCCUGCAGCAGAGUUUUCUGUCAGCAGCGACACCUACUCGGCUUCAUCCUCAGACUCCACAACGUCUGCGUCUGCCACCACCCGGGCUCCACCUUUGACCACCAUGGCACGGAAGACAAAAAUGAUUUGUAUCACGGAAGUUUACACAGAACCUAUCACCAUGGAUGCAGAAACAGAAGCAUCUGUUGAAAGUGGAGCAGCAUUCAAGAAUGAAGCAGCUGGGUUUGGAGGUGUCCCCACAACCCUGCUGGUGCUGGCUCUCUUCUUCUUUGGUGCUGCAGCUGUGCUGGGUGUUUGCUACGUGAAAAGGUAUGUGAAGGCCUUCCCUUUCACAAACAAGAAUCAACAGAAGGAAAUGAUCGAAACCAAGGUUGUAAAGGAAGAGAAAGCUGAUGAUGUCAAUGCUAAUGAAGAAUCAAAGAAAAUGGUUAAAAACUCAGAGGAGCCCAAGAGUCCACCCAAAACUACAGUGCGGUGCCUAGAGGCUGAAGUUUAGGUGCACGAGAGUGGAGGAGGUACACCCGAGGCAAGUUUCAUGCCCAAACCAAAGAAGCAAGCCACUGUUGGCUCCUAAUGAGAAAAGGACUGCAGACUUCACCAGAAGGAGCCCUUUCCUUACUGCAGUCCUCCCCAGACUCUACCCUCUGGCCUCCAACCUUCCCACAGCCUUGCUAGCCCGUCUGCGCCUCAUGGCAGACCAGAGAGUAGAGGAAGCUUUCGAAGCACCAGGCCCUACAACAGCUCCUCAACUCACACUCAGAGACAGGUAUCCAGGCUGCCUGAUCCCAGAUGAGGGACAGAGUCCAUGAGACAUGGCCAGCCCCAUAGUCCAAAACCUUCCCACAGGGAAACACACCUCCUGGCCAGGCUCUUUGGAACCAGGCACAUGUAAAAUAAGCAAGGGAAAACAACAGAAGGUCAUAGAAAGCUUGGUGACUGAGACCUAAUCUCUGGGAAGCCAAAAUAAACAGAGCACAAGAUGGGAGCUGGGGCCCAGAUAGCAGCCUUGUUGGCAGAGACUAUAAAAUACAGGCGGGGUCGGGAAGCCUCUCAGUUAAUUGAUCUGAAUCACUUCUUAGGACAUAGACACACUUUCUUUUCUCUUCAUUGUUGCCGAUGUUCUCUAGAGAUAAACACGCUUUUAUAAGAAACCUAAAAACGAGAGAGGCCAGGAGCUGCUGGCUCAGUGGUAAAGCACUUGCCUGGCGUGUACAAACAAGGCUUCUAGUCCAAUCCCCAGAAUCCAUCCAACCCUGCAUACACACAAAGGAACGAACAAAAACAUGAAUUUCCAUUUUCACUUGAAUUACAGGACCCAUUGCUGGCAAAACAACUAUGUUAAAAGGUUAAGAGAAAGAAAGAGAGAAAGAAAGAGAGAAAGAAAGAAAGAAAGAAAGAAAGAAAGGAAGGAAGGAAGAAAGAAAGAAAGAAAGAAAGAAAGAAAGAAAGAAAGGAAAAAAAAAACAAAGAAAAGCACACCCCCCCCCCAAAUGCUGUCAGCUAAUCUACUACAAGCUGAGAACUCUUUACCUGAAAUGCUUGGUACCAACAGUGUUGCAAAUUUCAGAUUAUGUUUGAAGUCUGGAAUACUUGCACAUACAUAAUGAUAUAUUAGAGGGCCUCAGUCUAAAUAUGAACUUUACUUCCCUUUCAUGCAUACCUUAGACAUUUAGCCUGGCGGUCUUUUCAGACAAAAUUGUAAAAAUAACUUUCCACAUGAGAUAAAGUUUCAUGGUGUGGCAUUUCCCCCCGGAGGUAUCAUGCUGACACACAGACAGCUCAGACUUGGUAAAAGUUUACUUAAAGCCGUGAGGUGCUGUGUAAGGCAUGACAUUCCAUAGCUGACAUUACUCAACGCACACUUACGUAUAGUGGAGUGUGGGCUGAAGUUAAUAUUUUUUCCAGCUUUGAUAACACUAGCUUAUCUAUUUUCAGACUAGUUUUUGUUGCUGAGACUAACCCAUUCAUUUUCUCUAAUACAGCAACGACUACAACCUUAAUUUAUUGCCAGUGUAUUUGAAAGUGUAGUAUUGCCUCUAUGUACCAACAUAGACACUUCGUGUCCCUUUAACAAAUGCAUUACCAAGCUCUUAUGUUUUCUAUCAAGAAGAAUCUUAGAGGAGAAGAAAUGUUUGUGUCCCCAACAAAUAAAGCAUUUAGAAAUUCCUUUGCUCCUUUAUUUCCAUAGAAACAGUAUUUGUGCAAAAGUUAAGGGAUACAUCAUAAUCUUUACUUAGCAAAAGUAAAAUGGACACAGAAAUACAUAUAUCACCCUGUGGGCUGUCUUUGCUUCAAAUGGUCUCAUUUAAAUUGGUCAGUGUCACAGUUUUAAUGUGAAACAUCUCUCACAGCCUUGUGUGGUUGAACAUUUGGUCUCCAUCUGAUUCUGCUGCUCUGAGAGGUUGUGGACCCUUUGGGAGCUAGUCUUUUAAGAAAUAGGUCUGGGGCAGGCUUUAAGGUUUAUAGCUUAGACAUACUUCCUACCCUUUGCUUGCCUCCCGGUCCAUGAGCCAGCAGCCUAGUGCUGCUGCCACAUGCUCUAGCUGCUUCCACUACCAUGCCUUCUCAUUGUCAUGGGCUGUUCCUUCAAACUGUGAACCAGAACAAAUCUUUCCUCUCUUCUCUGCUAUUUGGUCACAGCCGUGAGACAAUGGCUACACAGUUCAGUUCAUACACUGUAGUCUGUUACUUGGGACUCAGGUCCUACAUCCCAUUUUGUUUUAGAGUUCACAUGAAAGGCAGCAAGAGGGGAUCCAGAGAGCAAGAGUGACAGUGAGAGCAGUCAUCGUCUUUUAAGCUUAGUCUUGGACGUGGUGCCAAUAACAAAUAAGUCAGAAGUAGGCGUCUGUGUUCCGUUCACUCAUAGGAAGAGAGGCAUACGCAAGCGCAUGCAUACCAGGAAGUGGGGAGCUUGGAAAGACACUUUAUAGGAUUGUUUCCUACUACAGUAAUGACUGCUUCUUGCCCCCUGUGCAGAUUGCUUGUGUUGCCAUGCUAGGGAAUGCCACGUUGCACUGUUAUCAUUGCAUACGUUAUCUUUCCUUUCAUUCUUAACAACUAUGAAGAUACAUAGAGAGACCACAUACAAUGUAAGCUCUCACAGGGCCGGAGGGAUGGCUCAAUGUUAAGAGCAUUGGCUGCUCCUGAAAAAAACCUCGGUUCUGUUCCCAGAACCCACAUGGCAGCUCAUGACCAUCAUCGAUCCAGUUUCAGGGGUUCAACGCCGUUGUCUCAUCUCUGUGAGCACCAGACAUGCAUGUGGCGGUGCACAGACAUAAUCCAGACAGAACCUUCAUACAUAUUAAUAAAAAUAAAUAAAUUGUUUUUAAAAUAAAUAAA